AUGUUUCAGUUCUUCUUCAAUGAGAAAUUCUCAAAUUCGAGGUGAAUAUUUCAUGUUUUUCCAAGAAUUUGAUGUUUUUUUUUCCAAGUUGCAUUCCGAAAACAACACGUGACUUUUGACUCAUGCAUUUAUUCGGGUUAUUUCGAAAUUUAAAUUUUUUAGAAAGUGAAAAUACGCUCUGUAGAAUGGCUUAGAAAAUCGAGUAAAUUUUUUGAGCAUUUGAAAAAGAUUAAUUGCAAAAGUUAUUUGAGAAACUGUCCGGACAGAAAUAGUCUAGACCAAUACAUCAUAUUGAGAUGUUGCAUAUCGUAAACAAAUAGCUCGAUGCUCUGCCGGAUAAUGCCUCAAUUACGGCCAAAUCCGACGCCAUCUGCCCUCUCUCUCCGUCUCUGCGCUUUCAUUCUCCUAUUCAUCUCUCCUCAUUCAUUGCUCACUCUUUCUCUCUUCGAAUUUCGCGCUGUUUUGUGCAUCUCCUCCGUUUUUUUUCGAUCUCUUCGCAAAUGACGAAUUUCUCUCUUCUCCUUCCUUCCUCCGCCCCUUUUGUUAUUCGAUUAGUUAUUCGACCCUUUUCUAUUCUGGGCAUCUGGUCACAAUCAAAGGUCGGUUUUACGUUUCUCAAUGCUACUCGUGUGUACACUUGUAGUACUACUUACUACUCAAGAAGAUGCAUAACUUUGAGCACAAAGUUUGUGGCAGCGGUGUAUACACGGGGCUGUCCGUGGCAGCUGCUCAAAUGCUCACUGGUGCCCGCCUUCGCGUAAUAAUAGUUUAUGAUUUUGGCACGCGGCGCCACGGUCGAAUGCCAGUCGAGAGGGAAGGCGGCGGCCGCCAAGAACCGUCCGAUCACCCCAUUCUCUCCUUCUCCCUUCCAGUGGGCGUUUUCCCGAUCACGCCGUCCUGCACUCAUUUUCACAGAGACUGUUUAGCUCAUCACUUCCUCUCGCAUGCGGCUCUAUUCGGUCUUUACUAGACAAAUAUUUGGCAGCACGAUUCAUCAUUUGUUAUCAGAGUUAGUUCGCUGCGACCAUCCUCCGCAUUCCUCCUUUUUCCAUGAAAGUUCUGGACUGUAAAACUCGUUUCCAGACGACGUAUUCCAUCAAGCCAAAAAAUGUGUUGUUUCCGAGACCGACCUCAAUCUUUGUCGACGAGAGACAACAGGGCGAAUUGAGAAGCAGAGCGAGUCGCCCGCAUUUUUUCGCAAUACUUUUCCGGCGAUGAAUCACCGUCUCUUUCUGUGCGCUCUCUGUCGCUUCGUGCUCUCUCCUUCUCGCCUUCUCCCUUUUGAUUUCUGAAAUGGGACGACCGAUUCGAUUCCAAACUUUACAACUCUAUGGACUGACCGACUCAUCAUAAUGGCGUCAUUUUUGUUUUAUACUCGAUUGUUCGCCCAUUCUCCUCUUUUCUAGGGCGUUUUGUCCUCUUUCGAUUUCUCUUCAUUAGUUGUUGAUCAGUUGACGUUGACCUAAUGAGAACGAAGAAAGUACUGCGACUAAAACGAAGAAAGCUGAUCAGUGCUGUGACGAGAUUGCGAAAAGAGCGGAUCACCAGAGAUUAGGCGAGACUCGAAAAACAUCUGACACUCGGCAUGAAUUUGAGCACGCUUGCCCAUUUUCUGCUCGUUUCGUUCACCGUGACCUGCCCUCAUCACUUUGUUCAUUCUUAUCACUUCUAUUCAAACUCCAAAAACGUUCCUUUUCCUAACAUGUCUUUGGUCUUUGACCGUGCCUUUUUUCGAGCCUUCAAAAGGUUUUUUCUGUGAACAUCCCUUUCCUUUCGAAAUUUCAAUAGCGAUAUUUAUCUAACAAAAUGUUUCUUCUUCCUUCUUCCUCGUUUUCUGCCACGCCUUCCAUAUCUUUCAGCUGCCCUUCAUAAAUUUGAUCUGCCCGAACACACUUUCCGUUUCCCUACGGACCUUGGUCCAAACUACAGAACUCUCGUCCCUUCUCUGCGCCUCUCCUGCUCCCCUUCUCGGGUGUCCUUGCCCCACCUCUUCCCUUUCACUCCCUUCGCUGGUCCCCACUCGUUCCGUCUCAAAAUGUAUCCGCUUUCCAGCCGGUCGAGCACCAAAAUGGCGGAGGCAUUGACGAGGUGGCAGAGCGGACUCAACCGUAUUCAGUCUGCACCAUUCCAUUUCUUUGCAGUCGAUAAUAACACCGAUGUCGGAGUUUCAAGUAAGUCAUAUCCCUUCACUGUUGUAGCUAACAUCUCAAUUCAUUGCAGACUCGAUCGGGUCCGAGCUGGAAGCUCCCUCCUACUGGGGCUUCGUCAACUCCAUUUUCCUUCCGACCAUCGUCUUCUACACAAUGCUCUGGUUUGCCGUCUACGCCAUUGUGCAGUACAACUGCUGGCUUAGUUGGCAGGAGGGAAUCAAACGGAAAAGACUGCUCAACCUGACAACUUCGCUCAUUCACUCCACGGUACGGGUCAAGUUUCGGUCCGUUCUGACGUAGUUGCACUGCCCUUUCGCUCAUUAAUUUCUGAGCAGUGCUCACGUGAAAGUGAAACUCUGGGUUCUUUUGAAAGAAAUCCGAGUUCGAUUUGUGCGAGAGAGAGAGAAAUAAAGAGGGAGAUAAUCGAGUGAGCAGUGUGACGUGUGGGCGUGUGUGCUUCCUGAGCGCCAGCAUUUGCAUGUUGAUUGUGGUCAUAAAUUGGAAAGAGCCAAAUGAGAAAAUGGAAAUGGAAGCCGGAAGAUGGAACCAAUGAUCAAACUACUUCUGAAAUCGUCUGACGAACUCACUUGCAGCUCUCCGGACUCUACCUCUUCUUCUUCUUCUGCUACAACACGAAACUCAUGUUCGCCGCCCCUCUGCACUAUUACACGAACAUCGACGCGCAGAUCAUCGCAAUGUCGAUCGGAUACUUCUUCUACGACGGAAUCGAUCUCGUUAUGAAUGACAAGUAAUUCAAAUUCUGGUUAAAAUCAUUCUAUUCCACUCAAUUAAUUUUCAGACUCUCGAUCUCCACGGGCGUGCUGCUUUUCCAUCACGUCGCCUCGAUCUACGUGCUUUCAACCGCCGUCCUUUCGAAGAAGUUCCUUCUCUACGCCUACUGGGCGAUGCUCAUGGAAGUGUCGUCGAUCUUCCUGCACACCAGAUCUAUUCUUCACAUCUCCAAGCUCUCCACCACUUCGAUGAUCGGAUUCUCGAAGGUCAUCUCGUACCUGAACCUCUUCUCGUUCAUCAUCUUCCGAUUCUUUGUCCAAUUCUUCCUGUUCGGCUGGGCGUGGGUGAACUACGAUCACAUGCACUUGUGAGUUUAUAGUUUACACCAAACUCGUACAAUCCUCGUCCGUUUGCAGGGUGUACAAGUGCAUCGCCUUCGGAGGAGGAUUCUGUUUCGCCAUGAUCAACGUCAGUCUGUUCCUGCGAAUUCUGCACUCGGACGGAUUCCUGCUCUCUUCAGUCGUCUCUCAAGGUAAUUCUGGCAAUUUCUCCCGCUUUCUCAGCUCGUAAGAUUUAACUUUCAGACCGUCUGGAUGCUCUUCUCGAGGACAACGAGUACAGCAACUCAUCGGAAAGUGUGGCGAAAUCGGAGAAGAAGGAGCUGCUCGACGUCUAG